CCCUGCUGCUUGUCUGACACACACACACACACACACACAAACACUGAAGACUGGCAGGCGGGUAGAGGCUAGUUAGCUAGUCAGGUGCUAACUCAGCUAAGUGGUAGCAUUGUACCUUCCUCCUCCGGGCACCGUAAUAAUGGUGCUAACGUAAGACGCGAACCCGAAGUUAAACCAAGUAGCAGGUCGUCGUUCGGGUUGUUUGUAAUUAGCUAACCGAGGUGUUGCUAACGCGGAAGGCGUCCACACACAGAGUAAUCAAUGGUUAGCUCAACACACAGCACAGUCUGCUCAUUGUGAAGAGACAUUUCCCCCCUGAGCUGAGGACAGGAUGUCUAAACGUCUGAGAAACACUGAGCUCUGCGCGGAUUGUAAUGUCCCAGAACCUCGUUGGGCCUCCGUGAACAGGGGCGUGUUGAUAUGCGAUGAGUGCUGCAGUGUUCACCGAAGUCUGGGAAGACAUAGCUCCCAAGUCCGCCACCUGACGCACACGCCGUGGCCUCCUACACAGCUUCAGAUGGUUCAGACAUUAUACAGCAACGGUUCAAAUUCAAUAUGGGAGCACUCCCUCCUGGACCCUGCAUCUGUGAUGAGCGGGAAACGCAAGGCCAACCCUCAGGACAAACUGCACCCAAACAAAUCAGAAUUUAUAAGAGCCAAAUAUCAAAUGCUGGCAUUCGUCCAUCGCAUGCCUUGCCGAGAGGACGACAGCUCGACAGCCAAGGAUCUAAGUAAGCAACUUCACUCCAGUGUACGCACAGGGAAUCUGGAGACUUGUUUGCGGUUGCUAUCCCUCGGAGCACAAGCAAAUUUUUUUCACCCUGAAAAAGGAAACACUCCCUUGCAUGUAGCAGCAAAGGCAGGGCAAGUAUCUCAGGCUGAACUGUUAACUGUUUAUGGGGCAGAUCCUGGAGCCCCUGACAGCAAUGGCAAAACACCCAUCGACUAUGCAAGGGAAGCUGGCCAACAUGACCUGGCAGACAGACUGAUGGAGAUUCAGUAUGAACUAACUGAUCGACUGGCGUUCUACUUGUGUGGGAGGAAACCAGAUCAUAAAAACAGCCAGCACUUCAUUGUUCCACAAAUGGCCGACAGGAACAUCAGUUUAGACCUAUCAGAACUGGCCAAAGCAGCAAAGAAGAAACUACAGUCUCUCAGUAAUCAUUUAUUCGAGGAGCUGGCCAUGGACGUUUAUGAUGAGGUGGACCGACGAGAGACGGAUGCAGUGUGGUUGGCCACACAGAAUCACAGCACCCUGGUGACAGAAACAACCGUGGUGCCUUUCCUGCCUGUGAAUCCAGAGUAUUCAUCAACACGAAACCAGGGACGACAGAAACUUGCAAGAUUUAAUGCACAUGAAUUUGCAACUCUGGUGAUCGACAUACUGAGUGAUGCCAAGCGCAGACAACAGGGGAACUCAGUGGCCAGUCCCAAAGACAAUAUUGAACUCAUCCUGAAGAGUGUGGCUAUCAGACACUGUAGCGACAGCCAGGACAACGACCAGCCUGACUAUGAUAGUGUGGCGUCGGACGAGGAUACAGAUCCAGAGCUCAACUCCAGCAAAGGAGACAGGACCAAGAGUCUGGACUCUGACCUCUCAGACAGCCCCAUUACUAUGCAAGAAUACUUGGAGGUGAAACACGCGCUCUCAGCCUCUGAAGCCAAGAUUCAGCAGCUCAUGAAAGCCAAUAACAACCUGAGCGAUGAGCUGAGGCUGAUGCAGAAAAAGCUUCAAUCUCUGCAAAGCGACAACUCGUCUCUCAGGCGGCAGGUCACACCCAAUAUCUAUCAGAUCCCCAGCGGUUCAGACUACCCUGACCCUUCCAGUCCCUCAGCCCUGAAACGCCGGCAGUCUGCACGGGCCAGUCGGCCCAUGUCUAUGUAUGAGACCGGCUCAGGCCUGAAGCCCUAUCUCCCUAAAGGGGAAACUUCCUACCCUGAGGAGGGUAUCCCCACCAUGCAACCCUUCCCACCUCAUACGGAAAGGGGCGCAUUUGUGACCACCUCUUCAUCCCUCCCCUCAUUUCCAUCAACCUUGUCAUGGUCGAAGGACGAAAGUGCUCAAAAGGCCUCAAGGUUCGAGAAGCAGAGCAGCAUGCCGGAAAGUGACUAUGACAACACGUUCUACGACUCUGAGCUGGAUGAUUCAGGUUUGUGCAGGAGAGGGAGGCUGAGGAGCAGUGGCUGGCUGGGGGAGGGCAGCUCCAUCCCCGAGCUGGACGGUCUGGAGAUGGAGUCGGACCCCACGCUUCCCAGCACGGAGGACGUCAUCCGCAAAACCGAGCAGAUCACCAAGAACAUCCAAGAGCUGCUGCGAGCUGCUCAGGAGAACAAACACGACAGACCAUGUGAGCGGGAAGGUGUGCGUCGGCUCAGGCACAGUCUGGGAUGUUUCAGCACUCUGGUACCCUGGGCUGACAAGGCCCCCCCUCCCCUGCAGCCGCUCAGCCUCCGGUCCCCUGACCCCACCUCCUGCUUCAUACCCUGCUCAGAAAGAAUAUAUGUGGCUGUAACAGAAAUGGCUGCCCUCUUUCCCAAGAGGCCGCGCUCGGAGACCGUGAGAAGCUCCCUGCGCCUGUUGACCUCCAGCGCGUACCGGCUCCAGGGCGAGUGCAGGAAGGCGUUGCCGUCAGAGGGCUGCCCCGGACCGGACAUGCAGCUGGUCACUCAGCAGGUCAUCCAAUGUGCUUAUGACAUCGCCAAGGCCGCCAAGCAGCUCGUCACCAUCACCACAAAGGAGAACACCAACUAACAGCACUUACAAGGCUGCGAAGCCGUUCAGCAUCUCAGUUCUUUUGUUUUUAUAUAUAUUUUUUCGAAUCAUUUUGUUGAUUUUUGUUUUUGUGGUAUAUGCAUGCAUUUGUUUGUUUUUUAACUUAUGAAUAGGUAUUGACAUUAUUUAAAGCCAGCUCCGAGUUUCAAGGGAAAAAGUCAGCAGCUGUUUUUUGGGAUAUUCAGCUGUUGUAAUAGCACAAUUUCUCUUGAGGUGAAGAUGACAUGCAGCAAGUCAGGGAAAUAUAGAGGCUUCUAGAUUUCUCUCUCAAAAUUAGAGCAAAACUCGCUCUAACUUACAAAUAGUCUUCAAGCACAUUAGUGAACUUAUAUGGUAAUACAGGUAUUUGUUAUCAGUCCAAAGCAAGGCACAGAUUCUUAAAAACCACAAAUGUCAUUGAAUGCUGUUGUUAACACUCUUGUACUAAAGGAGCUUCCUCUGAUUAAUUACACUGUGGAAGCGUUAUCAUCAUACUGUAAAGUUUAAUCUUCAGAAACAGAUUAAUUAGGUAACCUCCAUUAAAUAUUGGGAACUUCAUUUCUUCACACUUUGCAAUGCUAAUGUUUGUUGCAUCAAAAAAAAGCCAUUUAUACAGUUUGUCCCCCGUCCCAGUGUAACCCAGUGUGCAGUGCACUUAUCACAGCUUGAUUUGUCUUGUCAGUGAACUCUUUCAGGAGGCAGGUUGUGAUAUUAACCAGAACCAGGAUGUUGUAAUGAUUUGGUGUGUCUCUAACAGGCUAUAGACUGCACUGUAUUCUGGGCUCCCAUGUGCCAUUGCAGUGUUGGUGAUGUUACAGCAUAUAUAGAGCUAAGAGCCAUACUGUACGUACGUCCAUGUGUUUUGUGCUCUGUUCCGUUGCUGCUAGUUUUUGUAUUAAUGUGCAACAUGUGGGAUAGAGCUGUAGACACCUGCCCUGUUAAUGUGCUUCCCAGCAUUCAUCCUCACCCAAGUGUUUCAUCGUCAUUCUGAAAUCUGAUCAAGGUUAUUUCAUUGAAUGCAGUUCAAAGUCGGACUUUGGAAAAAUAACUAUUUUCUAAAUAAACUUAAUUUAUAACUACAA